UCUCCACUCGCAACCACACGCUGUCAUAAACGGCUCCGCUCUCGCCCCCACACUGUCAUAACACGCAGUCGCUCUCCCCCUUUCGUUCUUUAGAAAAAUCCUUUUUUAAACCCAUAAACGCUCUAAUUUCGAUUUUCCCUUCUUAAAACCUCAAUUUUUUAAUGAAUUUACCGUGAAGUUUCUUCUUUUUUUUCCCUUCUAUAUUCUAUUUCAGCUCUGUGAAAAAGUUCUCAUUUUUUUAAUGGAUUCCAUCACUUAUUAGCUCUUUUGUUUUCCCUGUUCUUUUGAUUUUCUGUCGAUUUUUUUUUUUUUUUUAUCUAUCUAAUGUAAAAAAUUGGAAACGCUGAUUUAUUUGAUGAGCAAACAGAAAGAGAAACGUAAUUUCCUUAUUUUAUUUAUUUUCUAAAUUAUGGGCGAGAGUCAAAUGGUAUUUGAUGUAAGUUCCGAUGAAGAGAAGGGCUUUGACGAGCCAGAAGGACACGACUACAGCUGGUUAUCAAAGCUUCUUUGCGAUGAACCGGACGACUCUGAUGAGGUGGUAGUGGUGGGUGGGAUCAAGUCAAAGUCUACCGAAUCAACGGUCUGCAAUGAAGAUGACGACGAUUGUGUCGUUUUGGACGCUGACCCGGACGAACCCUUAUCGGCUGAUAAUGAUAAGGCGGGUGAGGGUGAUGGUGAGCGCGAGGCUGAGGGUGAGCGUGAUGGUGAUGGAGAUGGAGAGGAAGAUGAUUUGGUUGUAGUGGGAGAAAAGGGACAGAUUGCAUGCAGAGACUUCCCUCAUCCACGACAUCUUUGUGCUAAAUGUCCUUUCAUUUCUACAGCACAUGAAAAGCAUUGUGACCAGUGUCAUUGUUAUGUCUGUGACUCAGUUGCUCCAUGUGUUCAUUGGGGUUCGGGUGUUUGUGAUAUUGAUCAUUGUCAUGCUAAUGAGAAGGAAGAGUUUUGGAAAUCUCUGCGGGAAAAUUUCAGGCUUCAGAAAGAUGCUCCUAUACCUGUUAAAGUUCCAGACACCUAUCGACCUACAACAUUUCUGCACCUUAAUCAAAUUCCACCUCGUGAUAUUAUUCCAUUGGCAUCCGAUUGUGUACCACAUAAUCAUCUUUCCAGGCCAGUCAUAAUCCGUGCUUGCUCCUCUUCAAACGAGUUGAACAUUCCAAACCUCGUAAGUCAGGGUAGAAGCAGACAGUCAAGAGUAGUUUUUAGAAAAAAUUUGUCACAGACACAAAUAGUUUCUCGUAUGUCAACUUUGCUUAGGGUGCACAAUAAUGUCAUCCAGAGGGACAGAGGUCUUAAUGGUGGCAACUUACGAAUGUUUAGAAGGCCUGGGAUCACUGGAGGAGCCUCUAAAAUUAACCAAUCUUUCUAUGGCUCCACAAACAAUACCAGAGGUGCUCAUGCAUCACAAAUGACUCUUGUUCCUGUUCCAGGGGCCACAUCUACCGAUGAGAUUUACAUGCAGGUCCCUGGCACGAGUCAGGAUUCAUUUACAUAUCAGAACUUUCCCCAGACUGGCACUGGAAGUGUCUUUGUGAGUACCAUGCCCUUCCAGGCCCCGGUGUACAGUCAGACGAUUCCAGAACCUCAAGCAUACAGCCAGCCUAUGUCUCAACAACCAAUAUAUGGCCAAAGUAUUCCUCAACUGCCAAUAAACUGCCAGCCUAGUCAUGGACUUCAAGUAAGCAGUGAAAAUGUUCCUCAACCCCCUGAAUAUGCCAAGCAUAUUUCUCAAUUAAAUGAUGGCCUACUUACCAGUGAGUUUGGCAAUCAAAGGAUAAAUACCACAUGUCCAAAUCUUUCCGAUUUUAGCCAAUGGGUAAAUGUCAGUGGAAGCAAUCAAGAAACUCCAAAUGAAAAUCAUCAUUUCCAUAGAACUGGGUCUACAAAUGAGCCAUUACCUUUUCAGGAGUUCAAUUCACAUUGUAAUGAAGGUGCCAAAUUCAAUUACAGUGGACACGAAUUUGAUAACGUCUGGUUUCAAGAUAAUCAUGCAGUGCAGGUGCCAGAAGCAUUUGUGCCUGCACAUUUUGUUGAUGCAGGUAUGCUUUUAUUUGAUUCUGAAACCUCUUUCAAUGGUCUGGCACAUGUAUAGCGGGUCUUAACAAAAGAAGCUGAAAAUAAUUAUGUUUUGUAGGUUGGGCUUACACUUUGUCAGAGGACCUAUUCUAGUAUACAAUUAAUAUGAAAUGAAGUUUAGAAAGUGUCUAUUAGAUAACAUGAAUCUGUACAGAGUAACAGAUGCAGACAUCGUUUUUUUUUUUUAAUCUUAUUGAAUCCCAAAGCUUAAAUUAUUUCUCAGUUUCCUCAUGAAUGUGAUUGGAAUUGCAUUCUUCCCUGAA